GCCGAAUGCAGCGUCCAAACUUCGUCACGCUGUUGGCUGCGAAGGUUCGACCAGCUCGCUCGGCAUCAGCAGCAACGCAGACGUGUUAGUGGGUUGUAGAUGUGGACCCAGCUGGAACCGAACCAUCACCUGCGCCACUCAGCUCCAUCUUCCGACCUGCAGCACCCUGCGCUGGUCCUUUAGCGCACAGAUCAGAGAUGAGCUCCAAGGUGCCCAAAAGCGACUCCACCACCUCCCUUUUAAGAUCUGGACUGAACCGCAGGUCCGCUGGUUCGGAUCAUGGGCAACACGGGCACCGAAGCCACCGCAAUCAUCAGCCGCCCAGUGGAGCUGCUCCGGACUGGUCCGACUGUGAGACAAGUUCCCGGAGACCGCUCUGCCAGCCCAGACACGCCGAGUCCAGGUGUACCAGCGACCAGAAGACCCGCCCGGACGAUGCCAACCAGAGCUCAGGUCGGCAUCAGAAGGAACGCAGCAAGUCCUGCAGGUCCAAAAACCCUCAGCAUCACUCAGCGCGCAGUGAGCCGGCGCACCAGCAAGCCGCAGCCAGGAGGACUUCACCGGCGCAUCCAAGACCGUCUGACGAGGCGGACUUGUUUUUCGAGUCCAGCGGGAGAGUGAUCACCAGGGCCUCAUCCACAAGUCUUAGCACGGGUUCACCUGCGACCUGCGCCCCGGUGCACGCCAAAUCCGGCAAAACCACCAAGAGACCAAGUGCCAGCGCGUCCGAGUGUGACUCCACUCUGCAUCCCAUCGUCAAGUCAGUCUUCGGGCAGGACCGAGAACUGAGGCCAGAGGAAAUGGAUGAGCUGCGUGAGGCGUUCAAGGAGUUCGACAAGGACAAAGAUGGCUUCAUUGGCUGCAAAGACCUGGGCAACUGCAUGAGGACGAUGGGCUACAUGCCAACUGAGAUGGAGCUGAUAGAGCUGAGUCAGCAGAUCAACAUGAACUUGGGAGGACACGUUGACUUCGAGGACUUUGUGGAACUGAUGGGACCAAAGCUGCUGGCAGAGACGGCAGACAUGAUUGGUGUUAAGGAGCUGAGGGACGCGUUCAAGGAGUUUGACACGAAUGGUGACGGCCAGAUCAGCACUGCAGAGCUCAGGGAAGCCAUGAAAAAAUUGCUGGGACAGCAGGUAGUGGGCCACAGAGACCUGGAGGACAUCCUCAGAGACAUUGACCUCAACGGGGAUGGACACGUAGACUUUGAAGAAUUUGUAAGGAUGAUGUCCCGGUGAGUUCACACAUGGGAAGGCGUCACGUCCUGAGUCCCUAUGCUGUCAGUGAAAGAGAGAAGACAAACAUAUCAACCCUCGUCUUGAAACUGCCAAUCCGAAGCACAAAGGCUGACAUCCACAGCUGGGAGCUGUGACAAAGCUGCAUUUUUGACUUUUGCAAAUGACUUUUUUAAUACCUCUUUAACUUCAGCUCUGAUAUUUCUAUGAAACGAGAUUUUUGAAACACACUGAACAUCGCUGGAGCUGAUCAGUUGUAUGUAGCAAAGAAGAAAAAAAAAAAGAUUUCCCAUCACAGCAUCAACUGCAAAAGUACCUCCUUUUCUUAUGGGAGGAAAAUCAAAAGCACAAUUUUACAAUACAUUCAAUACGAUCCUGUCGAGGCUGCAUUGAUGUGUUUAUGUGAAUAUUAUCAGCUUAUCAUUAUCUUUAUUUAAGGGGCCAUGAAAUGAUAAGAUGAACUUUGCAGUCAUCCCCCAAUAUGUUUUUAUUGAUCAUAAAGCAAGGCAUGUUUUCGUGGCGUUGACACGAAGAAUGCAGUGGAGGUAGAGAUGGGAGUUCUACUAAAUCUGAGAAUCGAACUGGACUGUAAAGAUGAGGGAGGAGCAAAGACGACCAUCAUUCACAAACACACAUGUGAGGAUUCCACUGUUGCUGUAUUCCACUUCCAAGUUAUGUCCAACUUUUGUGGCACACCAGGUGAGCCACACUUACAAAAUGGACUGUACCAUUUCCAUUGCAAACAGGCAUGUUAUAAGGUCACCAUUGGACUUGGCCUGCCUCCAUGUCACCUGAAGUCAUUUUUAACAUCUGGUGACGAGUAUUUUCAGCUUCUAUCUCAACUCCAACUGCAAGCCCAGAAGCACUAUUACUAAGCAACACAAUAUUGGACCGAUUUCAUCAUUGCAAUGACUAAGGUUCUGAUGGAAGGGGUUGCAAUUUUCUCCUCCAUCUUCCAGUGGGGAAAUCUGAAUGCAAUUCCCAUCAUAGGAAGCUGGAGUCGACAUGCUAAUGUAGCUGCUGUGCUCUCCGCUCCGCUUGAGGUCGACCAUGUAUGUUGUGAUGAAUCUUGAUUUGGAUGAAACAGCACUAGGCGACCUCUAACCUUUUAGAGCAGAGAUGUCAGUAUGAACCUAGAAAUGCAUUCUAGAGAAAUCAGAACUCCAUCAGGAGUGACAUUUAUUUCAUUCCCUGCUCAGCAGGGAUACAAAUUCAACUAUACGUUUUGGUUCAUUCAGCAUUCACUGCUUCCUCACUUCAGCUGAUUCAGUGCAUUAUGGGACCAGUUUGGUUGAUGGAGAUAAGUGAUCAUGAGCCACCAUGAUUUUCGAUUUUAAAAUGACCCACAGGAGCCAGUCACUAGAAGAGCUUUAUGACAUCACAGGCCUUUAAGUACAUGACAAACAUGACAUACAAAGUUCUGAUAGAUGAAAGAGACGCAAAUAAAUGCAUUGCAAGGUUCCUUUAAUAAAAUUCUCAGAGUGCUGCGUGAUAGGCCAGACAACAAAAAGCCUCGUGCUGUGAUGUCGUUGGAUUUUAUUUACGAUAUUUACUAUCUACUGUAGCAAAUCUUUACUGUGAUAGGAGUGUGUGUUGAGGAAAUGUGUGAUUUUUUUAUGAAUACUUCAAGCUUGCACUGUAGCGUUGGGACCUUUUUAAAAGCCUUUUAAUUUAAAAUAAAUCUAUGAUAUAUAACUAGGUCUUGUCUUUAGUGUAAGGUUGCUACAGUGACCUCUGAUACCUCAACUUUAUUUAAACAAUCCACCUCAUCCCUGCGGCUUAGUUUGCCUUCAUCUGUGUGUUCAAUAAUAAGCAUUCAGUUCUUCAUGAGCAGAUGCCAAAGAAAGUUUAUAGAAUUAGGUUAUUAUUUAAAGUGCUGUAAAACAUGUGUGCUGUGUUUUUAAGUAGUUGAGUGAGGUGCGUCUUGGUUCAGGAAGCAGGCUGGUUUUUAGAGGCAUGCUGUGAACCUGCAAUGAAGAAAUAAAGUACCGUGAUUCUUCUUGUCUUAAGUAUGAACACCUAUGCAUGCAAUACAAUUUGUAGCAGAAUAUUUAAAGAAAAUAAAGAUUUU